CCCAUCGCCGCCACCCUCGCCGCCUGCACCGCUGACGUCGCCUCUGUCGCUGCCAACCAACCGCUUGUUCCGGCUGACCUUUGAGAGCUACGACCAAGACAGCGACUUCGGCUACGCGGAGGCAUGCACCAACGAGUUUGGCCACAACUACCGCACCGCCGACUGGGAUGACCUCUUGUCGAUCCCCGCGGCACACAUGUCCGCCAUGCUCGAUGGGAUCGGCCUCUUCGCUCCCGACGGGGCGCUGCUGACCAGGCACGGCUCGCCAACCGACGCUCGGUGGGCCCACGCUGGCGAGAUGGCGAACCAAGGCUGGCGCAGGUGGAUCACGACGCGGCACGACGGCCGCCCGCCGGCGAACUGGAACGUGGCUGAUCAGCAUGGCGGGCUCACGCUGGGCAGCUUAAACGGACUAUUGAUGUCUGUCAUGUGCACGAACCAGCCACCGCCGCCGUCGCCUCCGCCGGCCCCAUCGCCGCCGCCUCCGCCAGCCCUAUCGCCAGAAAUUACAGGCAGGGCCAUGGCUGGCUUUGCCAUUGGCGCCUGCGCGCUCAGCGUUGCCAUCGCCGCCAACACCCUCAAACGGCUGCUAUUCUUGCGGCUUAUACGCAGGCCCCGACCGGCCUACAACACGGGGCCACUUCCACUGGCUGCAACCGAUGAGUACGCGAGCAAGGGGCCGCUUCUGGUGGCCGUGCUUGUGCCCGUGACUGUCGAUGAGUACGCCAGGAAGACGCUCGUCUAACCACUUGUACGAGUUUCAGUGAUCUGUGUUAGAAUUG